AUCUAGUCUCCAUGGGUACAACAUUCGUUCGGCAUUUUAUACUCACACGAGUUGAUGAGAAUCCAAAGUAAGGGGACAACAGACAGAGGAGUUUAGACCCUGAACUGGUUCGACGCGAUCCUCGCGGUAAGGGGCCAAGAUGGCGAGUACUUUGUAUCAACUAUUGUCUAAAGAGUGACUUACCUUUAACAUAAAUAAUUUUUUUUUCGAUUUUAAAUUGAAUUCAAACCGGUAAAUAAUACUCAAUAAAUCCAUAACAAUAAACACCACAAAACAUUAUUUUAUUACAAUAAAAUCAGUGAUGUGAGUUACUAGUGUUGUGUACUUUGUAGUAUUGUAGUGCUAAAAAAUAAUAUAAAUAAAUAAAUAUACAUAUUUUUGUUUUGUGUGAAGAAAAAAAAAUUCCCACGAGGGUGUAACUGUCACGCGUAAAAAAAACUAUCGUUAAUUUAAUUUUUUUUGGAGUCCACAAGUGUUUGGAAAAUCCCGCGCUUUUUUUCGUUCAACAGUUAAACGGAUCUUUAUUUUAUCGAAAUGAGUAACGCAACAUUAAAUUUGAUUGACCAACAACAUCAUCAUCAACAGCAGCAGCAGCAGCAGCAGAAGCAGCAGCUACAACUCCAGCAACCGGUAGAUUGUUUGAUAACAAAGCCAGACAAUGACGUCGAGGCACUAAUUGAUGAAAAGAAUCGUUUAAUUUCAUGUCAAUACUCGGAGAUUGAAAGAUUACAGCGUGAAUUGUCAGAAGUUAUCGGUGAACGUGAUGCAUUGCUUUGCGAGGUGUCUAAAUUUAAAUUUGAACUUGAGAUGGCUGAUCUCAAACGUCUACAUGAUGAUAGCUUUCCUCAUAAAAUUGACCGGCCCAGUCACAACACAAACUUGGGUCAAAAUCACGGCGGGAGUACACACGGUGUAUAUUCAACGUCUGGAAGUCAAACCUCUUUGUCGACAUCGUAUAUAACAGGUCAAUCGUACAUGCAGUCACAGAAUUACGGGCACGCUGCAUAUCCAACACAGACGAUGCAAGUUUAUCCACACACCGGAUACAGCCAGCCACAGAGUUACGGGACAAUGGUACAGGGUUACGGUGGACAACCACAGUCUGGUUAUCAGCAGACACAUCACAAGAAGGGGUCCAUUCGUAAUGGUGAUGUUCUUAAACGAUGCAGACUCCAAAAUGCGUAUGAACUCUCGCAGGAUCUAUUAGAUAAACAGAUUGAAAUGCUUGAGCGUAAAUACGGUGGAGUAAAAGCAAGAAAUGCCGCACUAACAAUACAACGUGCCUUUAGAAGGUAUACGUUGCUAAAAAAAUUUGCAGCAAUAACGGCAAUGGCUAAGGCUGAGAAACGUUUGAGCAGAAAUAUACAAGACAAUUCUGAACGUAGUAGUGUAAUAGCUGGCGAUCAUGAUCGUAUGCUUUAUCAUAAUCAAAUUUAUAUACAACAAUCACCGCAAUCUACAAAUAAUCGUCCAGUACCAAUAAGAAGUAUGUCACUGCGCGAAAGAAGACAUGCUGAAAAUUCAGGUAUGCCACGAAGCCAAAGUGGUCGAUGUGAAGUGCAAAUUAUGGGACAAAUUAAUACCGGGCAUCAACAACAUCCAAGUGCUUAUACACUUCAUCAAACUGGUAGACAUACGCCCUCGCUUACACCCAGCCCAUGUGGUAGACAUCAACCACCGGCAAGUCCUUGUUGGGAUACUAGUUCUCAAGAGAGUGGAUCUAGUAUUCAUUAUUAUAAUCCUCAGGAAACUUUGUGUGGUCUUCGACAAGAAACUCCACCACGAGAUCAUCACAGAACACCGUGUACAUCACCAUCAACUCCUCAUAAUCUACAAACUCCACUGACUCAUAGUUGGGGUAAUAGUUCACAAUUAAGUUCAGGUGGACGUAGUCGUAGUUCUGGUAAAAAGGUACCGCCUGAAGUACCCAAGAGAACAUCAUCGAUAAGCUCAAGAUCUAUGGAACAGCGUCACAAUGGUUUAAGUAAGAGCGUUGAAAAUGGUAGCUUGAGUUCAGUACAAAGUUCAGGAAGCGAUUCUACUAACUGCGAAAGCUCUGAGGGUGAUGCUCAACGUGGAUCGCCCAUUUGGAAGCAUAAAGGAAUCUCAAGUUCACCAGAGCAUCAAGAUUGUGGACAUACUACGGAGAAUAACAGUCUGAUUAAUAAUACUAAAGAUUUAAGUCACUCGCAUGCCAGCUCGGGUUAUCAAUUACCUAUGAUAGAUCACGCAGAAACAAUACCUCAAGCUAGUUACAAAGUAUCGGAAACUGUCAGGAAACGACAGUAUCGUGUUGGAUUAAACUUGUUCAAUAAAAAACCUGAACGUGGCAUUACUUAUUUAAUAAGACGUGGGUUCUUAGAAAAUAGUCCUCAAGGAGUUGCUAGAUUUUUGAUCAGCAGAAAAGGAUUGUCUAAACAAAUGAUUGGAGAAUAUUUGGGCAAUUUGCAAAAUACAUUUAAUAUGGCUGUUUUAGAGUGUUUUGCUCAUGAGUUAGACCUCGCUGGAAUGCAAGUGGAUGUGGCUUUGAGAAAAUUCCAAGCAUACUUCCGUAUGCCGGGUGAGGCCCAAAAAAUAGAAAGAUUGAUGGAAGUAUUUAGUACACGUUACUGCCAGUGUAAUCCAGAUGUUAUAUCAAGACUAAGAUCACCUGACACUGUCUUUGUAUUGGCAUUCGCAAUAAUAAUGCUCAAUACAGAUUUACACACACCAAAUUUAAAACCCGAACGCAGAAUGAGAUUGGACGAUUUCGUUAAAAAUCUUCGUGGUAUUGAUGACUGCGGUGAUAUUGAUAAAGAUAUUUUAGUUGGUAUAUAUGAUCGUGUGAAAGCUAACGAAUUCAAACCGGGAUCGGAUCACGUCACACAAGUAAUGAAAGUUCAAGCAACUAUUGUUGGAAAGAAACCCAAUAUGGCAUUACCGCAUCGCAGACUUGUUUGCUACUGCAGACUCUAUGAAAUUCCUGAUAUACAUAAGAAAGAACGACCGGGAGUUCAUCAACGAGAAGUUUUUCUUUUCAAUGAUCUUCUUGUUGUUACUAAAAUUCUCAGUAAAAAGAAAAGCAGCGUUACCUACACUUUUAGACAAAGUUUUCCUCUUUGCGGUAUGGUCGUUACGCUUUUUGAAGUUCCACAUUAUCCAUACGGUAUAAGAUUAUCACAGCGUGUCGAUGGUAAAGUACUAGUCACAUUUAAUGCAAGAAAUGAACAUGACCGUUGUAAAUUUGCUGAAGAUCUACGAGAAUCAAUAAGCGAAAUGGAUGAAAUGGAAACACUGAGAAUUGAAACAGAAUUAGAACGACAAAAAAGUAGUCGCGGUGCUCGUGGUAGUUCAGAAAAUCGUGAUUCUGGUGUUGCUGACGUUGAAGUUUGUCCCUAUCCAGGACCGUGCUCUGAAAGACAAGAAGCUGCGGAUUUAGAUCCUCAAUUAAAAAGAUCAGCACUCAGCAAUUCAUUGCUUGACAUUCACGAACAAUUUGCCGGUGAAAAACCUCAAAGGCGCGGUAGUGUUGGCUCACUCGACAGCGGCAUGUCAAUAUCCUUUCAGUCAACAUCAGCGAGUUCAAUGAGCCAAGGCGUUAAACAUUCAGGACAAAUUCAUCCUGUACAUCCAGGAGCAACAAUACCAGGAGGUGGUAAAGGACUUUCACAACAACCCUCUUUUUUAGGCGGAUUAUUUCAUAAACGCGAACGUAAAUUAUCACAAUGUGACGAUAAUGGUCCCUAUAGUCGCACCACUGAAGUUUAAAUUCUGUCAAUUAUAUAAAUAAAUGAGUAAAUAUAAAUAUAAAUAUAUAAAUAUAAAUACAUCGUCAUCACAUUUUGAGCUAGUGAAUUGAUAAUAAAAUAACAAAUUAUUAAUUAAAUUAAAUACCCAACUAAUUUAAAGUCUUGAUAUUGAUUUAAACUGAGAGCUAAAGUAAAUUUCCCAGUCCGACGGUUAAAUUUAAUCGACUACGGACCGUUUAAAUAUCAAUUAACAUCUACGAGUUCUUGGAAAACUUUUAUUAAAUCACGGCAACUUGUUUAUCAUUAUCAUUAUUAUUACAUUAGAGUAAAGAAAAAAAAAUUUAAUAUUAAAAAGAAAAAAAAGUUUAAUUGGGCAGGAUCCAAUUUAGAUACAUUUCAUUUUUCCCGCGUUUUUUAUUAAAUUAAAAUAAUUUGUUUAGCUUGUGUAUAUUGGCCUAAUAAUUUGGCUUUUCGUACGUACAUUUAAUAAUUAAACAUGUAGAUAAUUUAUAAAAGUAAAAAGCGUAUGCUUAUUAAUAAAAUUAAUUUAUAAUUAAUGUAAUUAAUUUUAAAUUAAUUGAAUUUGUUUGAUAAUUGAGCAUUUUAUAUUAUUAAACUAUUAAUUUUGUAAAUAAUUUUGGCAAUGGUUCAUUGUCUCUUUUACUAAACAAGAAAAUAAUAAUUGUAAUUUCUAAUGAUUAGUGAUUGAUUAAUUGAAAAUGUUUUUUUGUAAAUAGAAUAGCAAUAGAUCACGAUAUCAUUGGGUACUGGGCCAAAAUAUUUUUCAGUCAUUAGAACUUCUUUUUUUUAAUUUUGUUUAUCAUUAAAUGCAUGACAAUAUUUAUUAAAAUUUUAUUGUAAUUGUCUUGUUUAUUUAAAAAUAAUCAUUGUAAUUACAUAAUUAAUUUAAUUUAAAACAAACAGACAAAAAAAUUUAUUAUAAAAUAUUAAUUAAUAUUAGUAAUUAUUUGUGUGUAAUGUAGGCACUGAGAAUUGUCAGUUUAAUUUUAUUUUAAUCUGAUUUAAAUUUUAAAUUUGAUAGUAAUUAAUUAUUAACUAAUUAUUGCUGUGUAAAUAAUUAAAUAUUAUUUUAAAUUGAAAUUAUUAAAAAACAAAUUUAAUUUUAAUUAAUAUAAAAAAAAUAAUGAUAAUGAUUUUACGAAAUUGUUAUUUUAUUUAUGGAGAUAAUGAAUUAACGAUUGAAAUUUAUUUAUUUUAUUUUUUAAAAUUUUUAUAUAAAUUAUAAUAAUUAUAUUAAUUAAUCGGGUAAUUGGGUAAUUAAUAUAAGUUAAUAAUUAAAUAUAUAAAUUUCAAUCGUACGUCCGUGAACUCUAGUCCUUGUCAAUACAGUCUAAUAUUUUAUUAUAAUUAUUAUUU